GCCUGCCUGCGUAUAAAAGGGCUGUGCUCUCGUCCGCGCUUGAUUACCAUCAUCAUCUGAAAAGGCUGAAACACACAAGCAAACUUUGUCUCCUGCUGAUCCGUCCGGCCGGCCGAUCGAUCGACCAUGGGGCGCCGCUCUGGAGGAGGCGGCGGUUCCCGCAGUGCGCCACGUCCCGCAGCCCCGGCACCCAAGCCGGCGGCCAAGCCAGCGUCCGCUUCGGCGCCGGCCAAGAACUCGUCCGCGCCGGCGCCGGAUAAGAAACCGUCCGCGCUGGCCCCGGCCCAGAGCUCCUUCCUCGGAUCCGUUAACGACGGGUUCGGAUUUGCCGUCGGGAUGAGCAUGGCGCGCUCCUUAUUGGGCGGGCGCAGAGAGGAGCCGGCGCCCGCCUCUCCCGCCCACGCCGACGCCGACGCCGACGCGUGCGGCAUCCACAACCAGGACUUCACCAAUUGCAUCUACACGAACGCGAGCGACAUCAGCCGGUGCCAGAACUACUUCGACCUCCUCUACCAGUGCCGCCGCGGAGGAGGCGCAGGAGCAGGAGAGGCCUCCACCAUCGCCUAAACCCUAAGAUCUCGAGAUCUAGCUCGUCGACUUAUCAGCCAGCCAGUCAGCCGUCCUUGAAGAGUAGAGUCAACAACAAAUGAGAUAGAUAGAUAGUCAAGAGUCAGAGAGAGAAUGAGACGGAUAUGUCUGUCUUCGUAAAACAUUUGUAUCUUGUCUCCAUUAGCUCAAUGGAUCGAAGAACAAAUUUGUUCAUGCUCUU